ACUGUGGGUGUGCAGCAAGUUUGUAUGGGUGUUCUGUGGUGCAGUAUGCUCGUGUAGGGGUACAGGUUCGUUGUCUGCUAUGUCAACUUUUGAAUGGUUCGACUAUCGUCUGUAACACUUCACAAUGGUGACACUUCCUAAUAUCUCGUUUAUUGCAAGACAUGUUGGUUACUAUGCUGCAACUAUGCUGCAUCCCUGUUCUGUCCGUCAGUUUUUUUCUCUAGCGCUUCGAUCAAAGUUGUGUGUGCGCAGAACACAGAGCUCGCUAAUUACGCUACGAACUUCAUUUACUGAAAUCGAUUACGUGGAGUUCGAAAACUUUGUGCAGUGUAGCAGCUAUGUAGAGCAGCAGCCCAAGUUCGCCCUGCUCAACUUGCCUCGUGGGGGUCAUGAUGUUCUCGUAGUGCAGCCUAGAAUCAAGAAAGGACGCCGGUUGAGGACGGAUACUACUACCGCUUUGCAACUCGCUGAAGCAGUCACCCUGUUGGAAACGUUACCAGGUUGGAAAGCCGCAGGCAGGCUUACGCUGAAGACUGACAACGACAUGAGGAAGCUAUUAUUCAAGUCCGGAAACCUAGAAAGAAUUCAGGACAGCGUCAAGGAGAAGUCUGCCACUGCCAUUUUCAUCAAUGUCGACAUCCUCACAGGCGUCCAGCACGUAGCGCUCCAAGAGUUUUUUCGCCUGCCCAUUUACGACAGGUACACAGUGGUGCUGAACAUAUUUCGCAACCAUGCUCGCACGAAAGAAGCCAAGCUGCAGAUAGCUCUUGCCGAGAUUCCGUACUACCGUGCUCGCAUCUGGCAUCUGCACAAGGGCACAGGCCGCAAUAUGUCUGGCACGGGCCAGACCUACUACGAGCGCCAGCAACAGCUGCUCCAGAGCCGCGAGGCGGCACUCCGCAGACAGCUGGGCGAACUAACGGGAGAGCGUAGCCUAUUGCGUAAGCGACGCCGCCAGCUCGAGUUCCCCACUGUGGCCGUUGUCGGAUACACAAAUGCCGGAAAGACUGCGCUCAUAAAACGGCUGACGAACGACGACCGUCUACAGCCUCGCGACCAGUUAUUCGCCACGCUCGACGUCACUGCGCAUGCAGGUCGACUUAACAUGUUGAAGUGUGUCCUCUACAUGGACACUGUGGGCUUUAUCUCGGAUAUACCCACAACUCUAGUGGCGUCCUUCGCAUCAACACUCGAGGACGUCGUCCUCGCAGACGUCAUCGUUCAUGUACUUGACCUGAGCCAUCCCGACUGCGAUGCUCAGCGCAAUAACGUUCUUCAAACAUUGGAUAACAUAGGCGUGCCGCCUAAGCUUCUCGACAGCAUUAUUGAAGUGGGCAACAAAAUCGACCUAUUGCCAUCAUUGCUGCCCGAGAGCGGACGGGAGUACAUGCCGAUUUCGUGUGUUGAUGGCACAGGGCUUGCAGAACUGCGCAUCCUCAUCGAGCAGAGGCUCAUCAAAAACACUGGCCGGUCAGUGGAAAGGUUUCGUGUUCCCACAGGAGGAUCCGAAUACAGCUGGCUGUACAGGGAGGGCACUUUCAUUACGUGUACCGUGGACGAUUGCGAUAGUAACUAUUCCAUUGUGGAUGUUGUACUCACAUCUGCUACAAAGGCAAAGUUUACACACCUGUAUGGGAGUACAUAUGGUCUGGAGUAAAAAGAAAAUGUCUGUUUA